AUGCCUGAAGACACCCAUAUCUAUGUGCCCCAUUGCCCUUUUCAGAACCGCACCAGAGGUUCUCCACAAACCCCUCCUGGGAGUGGGACACCAGCUGAUGAUUUUUCUGAGCCUGAAGAUGUAAGUGGUGACAUAUACACAGCCCAGGACUGGAAGGAAAAAAAUAAGAAAUAUACUUCUGGACCAGAAAAUUUUAACAGGAAGACAAAAGUACUGUCACCUUUGGAUUUGAAAGAAAAAUAUGACAAAAAUAGAAGGCAACCAGAAGAAAAGCUUGAGCAAGAAUUAAUAGAAGCAAAAAAGAGGCUGGUGCAUUGUACUCAACAGCAGCCUUUGUCAUAUGAUUCAAAUGGGAUGGACUUGGGUGGAACCAGUCCAGGAGAAAGGAGUAAUAGAGACAAAGGAGUAACAGAGACUUCAAACAAAGGAGUAAUAGAGACUUCAGAGGAGAAGAAUACUGACUGUAGAAAAGAUGUGUUCAAAAUACCUCGUUGUCCUGUGCCACUGUCAUUUGCAGAUGAUGCUCCACCAACUUUGCCAGUUGACAGAAAAGAUGCUCUGAGGAGUCCAGAUGCAGUUGCCAGGGACCAUGUGGCUGGCCAGCCAAAAUCCCCACUAAGACUCAUAGCCAAUGCGAUCAAGAGGUCCAUUUUGGAGCCUCUAACCUCAUCUCCAGAAGGACUAAAGCAAGACUCAGACAGCAAAGUCAAAGACUCUUCAGAACAACCUUUCUUCAGCUUCCCCAGUACUCCUGGCUAUUCCCUAGGCCAAAGAAACAGUAACAAUAACAGAGCAAAUAACACUCAGCAGCAGGUGUUGAAAGUAGGGGAGUGGGCAGGAGAAUGUUUAGGAAAUGGAAGCCCUGUCUCAAAUCCAUCUCAUUUUUCUGUGUGCUCUGAAGACAGAUCUCCAAGGAAUUACAGUGAGGAGGUAUCCUUCCCAGUCUACAGUCCUCACACCAGGUCUUCCAAGAUAACCAAUAUACCUCAGAAAUCAUCUUGUAGUAGGAUGGAGGAUGUCCCAGGACUCCUUGAAAAGUUUACCUUUAAAGAGACUACUCCAGAGGCUCCCACAGAUGGCAUAUUUAUCUGUAACAAAAAGUGCCCCCUUUCAUCACUGGGACCCAAGAACACCUCCAGGGACAACGUGGAUGACUCUGCACAGAGGGGUAGUCUUGGGUCACUCUUUAGUAGACUGAGAAGUAAAGUUUGUGACCGAGAAGGGAAUUCCUUCAUGUCAUCUCUGCCUUUCAUGAAGGACCAUUCUCCAGAAGACAGACCACAGUAUUCUUCCACAGGAUGUGAACACGUACCUGUCAGAAAACAAACUACUGAGUAUUCUACUUCUUCCUCUGAUGAUGAUUUUGAAUCCAAGCCUUCAUUAACACACAAGGCAAAAAGGACUCUCAAGAGGAGAAGGAAGCUGGAGAAGGAGACAAAGCAACUGAUUAAACAAGAGGAGCUGAAGAGGCUUCACAAAGCACAGGCAGUUCAGCGCCAGCUAGAAGAACUAGAGGAAAGACAAAGAGCUCUGGAGAUUUUUGGUGUCAAACUGGAGAGACAGCUAAGAGGAGAAUCAGAUUCAGGCACAAAGGAUGAAACUCAGAUGCUACAUGAAUGGUUUGAGCUGGUCCUGGAGAAGAACAAAUUAAUGCGUUAUGAGUCUGAGCUCCUGAUUAUAGCCCAAGAACUAGAAUUGGAGGACCACCAAAGCAGGUUGGAACAGAAGCUGAGAGAGAAAAUGGCCAUUGAUGACAGCCUUAAAGAUGAGAUGGAUCUGAAUGAACAGGAUGAAAUUUUUGCUGAGAUGAUGAAAGUGGUUGAGCAAAGGGACAAACUUGUCUCUACCUUAGAAGAGCAGAGAGUGAAAGAAAAAGCAGAAGACCAGCACUUUGAAAGCAUUAUAUCAUCUAGAGGCUACCAGCUGAGCAGGAUUUAGACAGCCACAUGCAAAUAAACAUUAUUUCAGCAAUAUUCGUAAUCAUGGAGGUACAGUCUUCUGAAAAAUGAGGGAAUUCAAUUU